AAUAACUCUCGGAUUGUGGGACUCCUGGCUCAGCUGGAGAAGAUCAAUACUGAAUCCACAGAAACAGAUACUGCCAGAUAUGUUACAUCAAAAAUUCUUCAUCUGGCUCAAAGUCAAGAAAAAACUAGAAAAGAAAUGACAGCCAAAGGUUCUACAGGAAUGGAAGUUCUGCUGUCAACAUUGGAGAACACGAAAGAUCUUCAGACUACACUAAAUAUCUUAAGCAUUCUUGUUGAGCUGGUAUCAGCUGGUGGAGGUCGAAGAGCUAGUUUUUUAGUCGCCAAAGGUGGUUCACAAAUAUUGUUACAGUUACUGAUGAAUGCAAGCAAAGAAUCUCCCCCAAAUGAAGAGUUAAUGGUUCAGAUUCAUUCUGUUCUUGCAAAGAUUGGGCCAAAAGACAAAAAGUUUGGAGUGAAAGCUAGAAUUAAUGGAGCUCUGACUAUAACCCUGAAUUUGGUCAAACAGAAUUUGCAGAAUCAUCGCUUGGUUCUACCUUGUCUUCAGCUUUUAAGAGUAUAUUCUGCUAAUUCUGUGAAUUCAGUAUCCUUAGGGAAAAAUGGAGUUGUGGAACUGAUGUUUAAAAUUAUUGGACCAUUUAGCAAGAAGAAUUCAGGUCUUAUGAAGGUUGCUUUAGACACUCUUGCUGCAUUGCUAAAAUCAAAAACAAAUGCCAGGAGAGCUGUAGACAGAGGAUAUGUCCAAGUGCUUUUAACAAUUUAUGUAGACUGGCAUCGCCAUGACAAUCGGCAUAGAAACAUGCUCAUUCGGAAAGGAAUUUUACAGAGUUUAAAAAGUGUUACAAACAUCAAGUUGGGAAGAAAAGCUUUUAUUGAUGCCAAUGGAAUGAAAAUUCUGUAUAACACUUCUCAAUUGCCAGUUAUUCCUGUAACUGGACCUGUGGCCCAGCUCUACAGUUUGCCCCCUGAAGUGGAUGACGUAGUAGAUGAGAGUGAUGACAACGAUGAUAUUGAUUUAGAAGCUGAAAAUGAAAUGGAAAAUGAAGAUGACCUUGAUCAAAAUUUUAAGAAUGAAGAUAUUGAAACGGAUAUUAACAAACUAAAACCCCAGCAAGAACCAGGACGAGCCCUAGAAGAGCUAAAAAUGUAUGAACACCUUUUCCCUGAGCUUGUUGAUGAUUUUCAGGAGUAUGAUUUAAUCUCCAAAGAACCAAAGCCUUUCGUAUUUGAAGGAAAAGUUCGUGGUCCUAUUGUUGUUCCUACAGCAGGAGAGGAACCAUCUGGGAAUUCAUCCAACUUAAGGAAAGGUGUUACAGUGAAUGAAAAUGUAUCAACUAAAGGAGGUGAAGAUGAUAAGAAGCCUACCUUUAUGGAUCUAGCAAAAGACAAUGCUAAAGAUAAUGACAGAACAUUACAACAGCAACGAGAUGAUCAAAAUAGAACUAUUUCACCAGCCCAUGCUGUAAAUAAUGAUAUUGUCAAGGCCUUGGACCGUAUUACAUUGCAGAAUAUUCCUUCUCAAACACCCUUGGGCUUUACUCCAGGAACAAAGAAGGAUUACAGCCUUCCUCUCACUGCCCUUACAUGCACUAAAGCAUGUCCGCACAUGGCUACUUGUGGAAAUGUUCUAUUUGAUGGAAGAACAGUUCAGCUAGGGAAGCUUUGCUGUGCUGGAGUUGAAACUGAAGAUGAUGAAGAUACUGAGUCUAAUUCAUCAGUGGAACAAGUAUCAGUUGAUGUGCCUGAUGGACCAACACUCCAUGACUCAGAUCUCUAUGUUGAGAUUGUGAAAAAUACGAAAUCUGUCCCAGAAUAUUCAGAAGUGGCUUAUCCUGAUUAUUUUGGUCACGUUCCACCUCCAUUCAAAGAGCCUAUUUUAGAAAGGCCUUAUGGUGUACAAAGGACAAAAAUUGCUCAAGAUAUUGAGAGACUAAUACAUCAGAGUGAUAUCAUAGAUCGAGUGGUAUAUGACUUAGAUAACCCAAAUUGCAGCAUUCCAGAAGAAGGAGAUAUUUUGAAGUUUAACUCCAAAUUUGAAUCUGGAAAUCUGCGCAAAGUCAUUCAAAUUAGAAAAAAUGAGUAUGAUCUUAUUCUGAACUCAGAUAUAAACAGCAAUCAUUAUCAUCAGUGGUUUUAUUUUGAAGUCAGUGGAAUGAGGCCAGGUGUUGCUUAUAGAUUUAAUAUCAUCAACUGUGAAAAGUCCAACAGUCAAUUUAACUAUGGUAUGCAGCCACUCAUGUAUUCUGUCCAGGAAGCAUUAAACGCCAGACCAUGGUGGGUUCGUGUGGGGACUGACAUUUGCUACUAUAAAAAUCACUUCUCAAGAAGUUCAGUUGCUGCUGGGGGGCAGAAGGGAAAAUCUUACUAUACAAUUACAUUCACUGUCAGUUUUCCACAUAAAGAUGAUGUUUGCUACUUUGCUUAUCAUUAUCCGUAUACGUAUUCAACUUUGCAGAUGCACCUUCAAAAAUUGGAAUCAGCACACAAUCCUCAGCAAAUCUAUUUUCGAAAAGACGUGUUGUGUGAAACCUUGUCUGGAAACAGCUGCCCCUUGGUGACUAUAACAGCAAUGCCAGAGUCUAAUUAUUAUGAACAUAUCUGUCAAUUCAGAAAUCGCCCUUACGUUUUCUUAUCUGCUCGGGUACAUCCUGGAGAAACUAAUGCAAGUUGGGUUAUGAAAGGAACAUUGGAGUAUCUCAUGAGUAAUAAUCCUACUGCUCAGAGCUUACGAGAAUCCUAUAUUUUUAAAAUUGUCCCUAUGCUAAAUCCAGAUGGUGUCAUCAAUGGAAACCACCGCUGUUCUUUAAGUGGAGAGGAUUUGAACAGACAGUGGCAAAGUCCGAAUCCAGAUUUACAUCCUACGAUAUACCAUGCUAAAGGGCUGCUGCAGUACCUGGCUGCAGUGAAGCAUUUACCACUGGUUUAUUGUGAUUAUCAUGGCCACUCACGAAAAAAAAAUGUAUUUAUGUAUGGCUGCAGCAUCAAAGAGACCGUGUGGCACACCAAUGACAAUGCGACUUCAUGUGAUAUAGUUGAAGACAUGGGAUACAGGACUUUGCCUAAGAUACUGAGCCAUAUUGCCCCAGCAUUUUGCAUGAGCAGCUGUAGUUUUGUAGUGGAAAAAUCUAAAGAAUCAACAGCACGUGUUGUAGUCUGGAGGGAAAUAGGAGUGCAAAGAAGCUAUACCAUGGAGAGUACUUUGUGUGGCUGUGAUCAGGGAAAAUAUAAGAGUUUACAGAUUGGUACUCGAGAAUUGGAAGAGAUGGGAGCAAAAUUUUGUGUUGGUUUAUUACGUUUGAAAAGACUGACAUCCUCAUUGGAAUAUAAUCUGCCCUCUAGCCUUCUUGACUUUGAAAAUGACUUGAUUGAAUCAAGCUGCAAAGUAACUAGCCCUACCACUUAUGUUUUGGAUGAAGAUGAGCCUCGAUUCCUUGAAGAAGUUGAUUACAGUGCAGAAAGUAAUGAUGAGUUAGAUAUUGAAUUGGCUGAAAAUGCAGGAGAUUAUGAACCUUCUGCUCCAGAAGAAGUACUUUCUGACUCUGAAUUAUCAAGAACAUAA